UCACGUGACCGCGAGGUUCGCUUUGCGUCCCUGCACAAAAUGGAGUUGUCAGAUUCGGUCGUAAAGGGUCUUCAAACCCUAGCCGAUCCAGCUUACUUGGACUUAAAAUCAUUCACCGUCUUCAUUGAAGGGGCCUUCCGCAGUCUGCUGUCGUUUCCAUCCAGCAGCGUUUUCGAUCACCCAGAACUGAAGAAUGUUGAUCAAGCUCUCCUGAACCAGUGUCACAUUGCUGUGACAACAUUUAUCCUGGAAGGAGUAAAACAUAAUGCAGACAUGUCAACACUAUGCUCAUUCCUCGAAGAUCUAAGAUUUGACAGCGAGAGAGUGGAUGCGUUCUAUACUCACUAUCAGAAGAGCAAAACCAGUCUCGACAGACUGUUGUCAAGCAUCGAUAGAUGCCCCCCUCACAUAACAAAUGUUUCUUGGCGAUUAGAUUACUGUAUAAAAAACAGCCACGUGCAUAAGGUCAAUCAGCCAUCAUAUCUGAUUUCUUUCAAGACUGAGACUGGUGGGAAUAAUGAAACUUCUUCGGAACAGAAUUUUAACUGUACGCUGGAGCAACUUCAGGAUUUAGUGGGAAAGUUGAAGGAUGCAGCGAAGAGUGUGGAGAGAGCCACCCAGCUAUGACGCUUUCUGAGUCUAUAGCUCUACUCUGCAUUGUAAUCGGCUUCAUCUCCAUCCCUCUACCUGUCUGGUUUUUGUACAUGUCAAUGUUCACAAUAAAAUAAUAAUAAGAGGC